GAGAUGUCGCUGGAUGCAGGGCAGUGUGCCCAAUUCUACCAGGACCUGGGGCUCAGAUCAGUCAGUCUAGUGGCAUUAAAGCUCGAGGAGUAUGCAAAGGCUUCAGCAAAGCGCUGCAAAGAAAAGCAUUUGGAUGAAGCUAACCAUGAACUGGAAGGUACAGAGCAGGCUUUGGAACACCUCAGUGAAGAACAUUUCCUUCCAUUACUCUCCUGUAUCCUUGCCUGUCAGAUGGAUUCUUGCAACAGCUCCAGCUUAUUCUUGAGGCUUGAGAAGUUAGUAUUGAAGAUGUCACAAAUAAGACCAUGUCUGGUAAGACAGCAGAGAAAACGGUUGCUGAUUACCAUUUUGGAGAAUAAAGAGGUGCUACAUGUCCGAGAUCUACAGGCAGUUUGUAUGUAUUUGGAAGGAAGCCAAUCAGGACGGACAUAUUUUACCCAGCACCUACCUGCCUUACUUACAAAAGUCUCUGGGACUUUGUCUGCAGUGGUUCAAGAUCAUGUGUCACAGGGUUCCGAACAUCCUCAUCUAGCAGUCAAAUUGUGCCUUCAGCUGUUCAGGGAAGUAGCGGAGAGGAUUAGUCCAUUCAUUUGGGGUUCUGCUUGUGUCCCGAACCCCCUUGAAAGCAUUCUGGAAUCUCUUCUGUGUAUAAUUACAAACCAGAAGUUUAGUCGAGAUGUCAGACUGUUGGCAGGCACAGCUGUGGCCUCUCUAGCAAAUACAGGACCAGUGGUGGAGUCUGCCGCCCAGGCUGCCAUGAACCUUAUACAGCAGAUGACAAGUGGCCAUGGGGACGUUCAGUUUGAAAUGCUACAUGUGUCUCUCCCUCAUCCUUCAGUGGAUGAACUAGGGCUGCUUGCACUGUUACGGGGGCUACUCACUUGUGGUCGUGAAGACCUUCUUACCAGUGUCUUGCCUUCUCCCAGCCAGAACUUGACCAUGCUGGAGCACCUUCUUCCUGCCAUAGCCUCUCUGUGUGAAGGGCACACUGAACAGUACUACAGUUUUCAAGUGUUUUGCCUCUGGUUACAAUGUGUAUGCAAGCAAACUUCCACUCUUCACAAAGUCAGUGGAAAGCUUCUGUUGACAGAUCAGACGGACACUACCUCUGUUGUGAUCAGACUACUGUGGGUUGGAGCUGAGAUACAGGUUGAUGGUAUGGCUGCCCUCAUGCUCAGCUGCUUUCAGCACUUUUUACACAUUAAUCAUGUAGAGUGUCAGCUAUCUGCAUUAUCGGAGGAAACCAUGUUGCAGGAUGUGAUGCAGAAGAUCAGAGAAAUCCCUUGGCAGGCUCGGUCAAGAUAUCCUCCACUCUGUGCUCUUAUGCCUUUAUUGGGGUCUAAGAAGACUUUAGCUCUCUACCCUCUGCUACCUGGCCACUUGUUCUACUGUCUGGCCACCAACUACCUCUGUCCUCCUGCUGCUGAUACAUAUCGCACUCUCAUCACAAUUCAGAGAGAGGAAUGGAUUCAAGACGGAUUGGCCAAUGAGGGGGAGCUGGCUAAACAUUGGGCACAGUUUUGGCUCUUGCCUCUUAGUAAUGCUUUGAGUUCUACAGACUGCAGCCUGCAGAGUAACACUGCCACACAUCUUCUUCCUUGUACUUUGCGCACCUUUGCUGAAUCAUUUAAUUUGCUGGCAAAACAGCUUGAUGGUUGUGGUCCUCUUCAGCUGCGUGCCUGGAUCAGCAUUGUACGCACUAAGAAAGCGAUCACAGGUGGAGUAACAGGUGUAGAAGAAAAGCUUCAGUUAUGCCUGGAAUCUGCUGAUGAGGGAGUACGUUUAAGUGCUCUCAUCUUCCUGUGCUGUAGCCCAAGAACUAAUCAAUCCCCUUCCCUUGAAGAGCUGCAGCUACUGAAGAAAUAUCUACCUUUUAACAUGGGCUGUGACAGUCCAGGCUUCCGACAACAACUUCAGGCAGCUGUGCGCAGGGCUCUGGAAAGGCUCCGAGAUGCAGCUAUGUCAUCGCUGCGCAGAGGACAGACUAACAGGGAAAAUGUGUCCCAGACAAUAGACUUCACAGAAUGGCUGUUUCAGUUGAGCAUAUCAUCACUGUCCCCUGCUGGGAACUACCAGCGAAGAUGCAGUGCGCUGCUCAGCCUCUGUUCUCUGUUGGAAUGCUGUACUGAUUGCUGGAGCCCUGAGAAAAAGAAAGGGCAACCACCACAAGACUUGUCACUAUUGCUACAGUAUGCGCAGCAGAGAGGAUGCUGGAAUUUUCUGUCAGCACACAGCAUGCACGCACUGUUGGGAUGUAUGCAGGACAGCACUAAUGAGAUCAGAGAAAUGGCAGCUGACUUGCUGGUUCGAUUUUUCCUGCCUACACCAGCUUCAGUAACUAUCUCACUGUUUGAGCUUGGCCAGAAAUACCUUUGCAGCCCACGAGUACCCAUGGCAGAAGCUGGUGCUCUUCUUAUAAAGACAUUGCUUCAGAGGCCAGAUGCAUCUUUGCUACUGUCAGAGCAUGUACCCCUAUCUGCACUGGGGCUGGUGAUGCAUCUUACCAAGAUGCUUCAGAAUCACUACUGUUGUGCUCAGGGAAACCUAUUGGGAGCAGCAAGUGCAAAGCCCAUGCAAGGAGUGCUCUGUGCUUUGCGGUUAUGUCUACUGGAGGUUCCUUCUGUAUCAUUGUCCCUCUCCCAGGCUGAGCUUGCCUCUACUUGGUGCAGUCUACUUCUGGAAUUGUUGGGUUUAUUACAGGAGAUUACAUCUUUCAUCCUGGGCAUGCUGCACAAACGUUGGACGGAUGAGCCAACAGGUAUAGCUGCUCCUUCGUUGGAAGAUAUGGGAAAUGCCGUCCGUGCCCUGAUUGCACAUGGGAAAGGUCAGGAGGAAGUACAAGGAGAUAUUCUUCUUUCAGAGGAACACAGCCUCAUCAUGACUUGCUUCUGGGUCUCAUUAAAGGAGAUUGGAAUGUUUCUUGGGCCUCUAGUGGAGAAACUGAUCUCUGGUUCUGCUCCUUCGAUCCCCUUCUCUGCAGUACAGAGCUCUAUGGCUGCAUAUCAUGAUAUAUUCAUAAAAUGUCGGCACUGGGGGGCUGUAGAUGGCUGCAGUGCAGGAUUUACUAAACUUUGCUCUGCAUUGCUUCGUCAUAAAGACCCGAAGUUGAGAGAUCUGCCAAAGGAGAUGAUGGAACAGGCAUUGCUUGUGGUCCAGUCUCGGACCUCCCUUUCUGUCACUCGCAGAGCUGCUGGUUUCCCUCUUCUCUUGCAGUGUAUCCUAUCAGCAGAGGGAUCACAACACCCACUGCUUGAAAGUUGUGUAUUGUCGUUACUAACAUUGGCUAAAAAGCCACUUCCCACCAACUGGGACCAAACACGAGACCUGCCCCAGGUUACAGCAGUUCACGCACUACAGAGCAUGCUGCGCUCAGCCAGCCUUCGUUCCACAUUGCUCAACCAUGCCGUUCCCAUGAUGUCUCUGGCACUCAUCAGUCUGAGUUCCCCAUGCUGGGCUAUGCGUAAUGCUGCGUUGCAGCUUUUCACUGCUCUCACAGUUGGCAUGCUAGAGUUAUCGCGCAGUGAUACGGAUAGCAAUUUGCAGAGCACACUGCAUGUCGGAGCUUUGCUACGGAGAUUUCCAGGCCUGCUGGAUGUUCUGUUACGGGAACUACACAUGGCUAGAAAUAGAAAGAAAAUGCUGCACCCCAGUCUACAUCCUAUCCUCACCCUUCUUGCCAAGCUACAACCUGGAGAAGACACUGAUGCCAGUUGUCUGAUAGGGCCUUUGUUGGAGCUGAGAGAAAACCCUAUCUAUGCAGUGCGUAUCAUUGCUGCUCGAGCUCUUGUGCCUGUUGUACAGCAGAAGGAUUGUUGGAACUUACUUCUUCAGCUGAUACUCGAUCUUCCACGGCGAAAUGAAGGAGUGUCUCACAACGCGUUACAUGGACAAUUGCAGAACAUUUAUGCUCUGCUGUCUUCAGUUCCAAAGGGAAACUUUAUUUUAGAAGAUGCUAGGCAGGAAGUGUCCCAGCACCUUCUUUCAGUGUUCUGGCUGAUGUCGCCAAUUCAGAAGUGCCCACUUAUACGGCAUGUUUUCCUGGAUGUUCUGACACUGUUGUCACCUCAUUGUGGAGAGGAUUUUGCCAGGCAAGUUCAGGUGGCUGUCUGUAAGGAGUUGAGUGCAAAGGAGCCAUUCACACAGGUGGGAGCUCAGACUUACCAUGAAGCAUGCGUGCGGUACCUCUGCAAUGAAGCUUCUAGUCCCUCAGGCCUCGAAGCCUCCCGAUUUGUGUGCCAACUUCUGCUGGAUGGAGACACAGUUGUGCUCAAGUGGCUGAUUGAUCAGCAGUUAGGAGAUAUUCCCACUGCGCUGGGCCAUUCCCUUGUGGACAUAUUGCAGAAUACGUUAUACCAAAUGUUGGGAGAAGAUCACCCUUUAAAACUCACCAUGUAUUUAGAGAGCUAUGUCCAUCUGCACAGAGUCUGUCCGUCUCCCCCUGUUCAAUACCCUCCCCACACCAAAAGCAAGUGUGCCAACGUCCUCCUCCGCCUCCUGGAGUCUAGAAAAGGAGGACCUCAGCUCCAAGGCUAUGCACUGGCCACACUCAGCCUGCUGCUGACAUAUGAAAAAGUUCUGGAUGACCUCUCGCUAGUUGCCCGCUGGCUGUCUGUUCUGACAGCUUGUGCAGACCCAGCCAUUUCCUGCGAGAAAUUGCGGCUAGCUGCAGCAGAUUCACUACAAUUGGCUGGAGCUGACCUGGUGAUACUAGCCCUCAAGUGUGGUACUUCUGAGCUUGUACAACUGGCAGUGAGAGCCGUAUUAUGUGCAGUAAAUUUGCUCCAAGAUGAGGACAGAGGUGUCCGAGAACUUACUACAAAAUUUGCUGUAUCGGCUUUGAAUCGGCCACCUGAAAUAACUUUACAUACUGACUGGGCCAUUGUUUGUCUCCUGGAACUUCUGAGGAACAGUUUCUGGGGCUACGAGGGGACCUUUCAUGCUUUAAUACAUCAUCUGCCUACAUGUGAUCUGCACACUGUACUAUCCUCUCUUCAUGACAGAUCUCUUGCCCUGUAUGAGGAAGAUGAACCCAAUAUGUUUGCAGAUCCCAAUUUCCUUUGCUCCCUACUGCAUCCAUUGCUUUAUGACUUGAUGAGUGUCAUGGCACACACCUUGCACUCUGUCUUGCUGCAGUGGGUUCAGUCAACUACCACCAUAGUAAGGGAGCAGUUAAGAGGAUACCACAGUUGGACAAAUCAGCAUGGUUCCCUGUGUGUUUCAUGGCUUGCAGCUUCUGGGUGUUCGCGGGUUCAUUCUGCCAUUUUAGGUUUGUUGGUUCGAGGAGGGCUUAUUCUCAGGGCUCAUGAAGUACUAACACAAGUUGACACUCGGCUUACUCUGGGCUCCCUGAGGGAGGAGCUAGUUCAGCUACAGGAGGAACUUGAAUUACAUGGCUUAGGACAUUGCCAUAUGAAGAUGAAAAUGGGACUGUACUGGAGACAUUGCCCUUCUGCUGCAGACUUGGGCAGCUGAAUAUAUUUAU